AUGGAUAAUGAAUACAAUCGAUAUUAUAUAAAAAUUCGAACUAUUUUGGGGAUAAAUCCAAAGACGAUUCACGAAGAACUUGCAACAGCUUUGGGAUCCAAGGCUCCAUCAUAUCCAACAGUUGCAGAAUGGGCAAAGCGUUUCCGUGAAGGAAGAGAAAAUGUCAAUGAUGAUCCUCGAUUUGGUCGUCCAGUAUCCGAGCUGACAGAUGAAAAUAUUGAACUAGUACGAGAGGUUAUCAACAAUGAUCCACAUUCAACUUAUGAUGAUAUUAUAGCUGAGACAUUUCUCUCUCAUGUACCCCAUCAACUGACUGAUGAACAAAAGCAAGAACGUCUUAAACUUUGUCGUGAAAAUUUGGCAAAAUUCCGUGAUGGUUCUUGGCGAUUAUGUGAUAUUGUAACAGGUGAUGAGACGUGGAUUUACCAUAGGCAGAUUCAUCGCAAGUCAACAAACGCAAGCUGGGUUGGCGAAGAUGAAUCACCAACUACUAUUGUUCGUCGAGGUAAAUUCGAACCAAAAAAUUUAUUUUCUAUUUUCUUUAAAUCAAAUGGUCCUGUUCUUAUACAUGCUGUUGACGAAGGCAAGACUAUAGAUUACAAGUAUUAUAUUGAAAAUUGCCUCGAGCUUGUCGUGAAGGAAAUAUGGAAACAAAGAAAGUCAGCAGGUACAAAAGGUAUAAAACUGCUCCAAGACAAUGCUCGGCCCCAUAUUCAAUCCGAUGUUAUUAAUUAUUUAACAGAACAACAUAUCAAUAUAAUGUCGCAUCCACCAAAUUCACCUGACCUUGCACCAUGUGAUUAUUGGCUAAAUGAUUACAUCAAACGUAAUUUAACUGAUCAACCAGAUGAAAAAUCAUUGGUUCGUGCGGUAUCCAAGGUGAUGAAAAAAAUUUCGAAAGAAGAAUUUAAAAAAACUUUUGACAAACUAUUAGAAAGGAUGGAACUUUGUAUAAAUAAUCAUGGUGACUAUUUUGAACAUUUAAUAAAAUAA